GUAAUUCAUACUGUACUCGGAGUAGACUUCACACCGGGUCAGAUCAGGGCCAGUAAUUUUAUACAUAGCAAGACCUAUAAAUCCUUGCAACAGCACCGCCACACAGUCCAAUCAACAAAGGGAAAGCGAUUAUUGAAGCCUCCGACCACAGACCUCAGCAAAUGGCACCCCAAACCCUCAAAUACACCACCAAGCUUGCCGGCAAGCGCGUCCUCAUCCUGGGCGGGACUUCGGGCAUUGGUUUCUGUGUGGCCGAAGCCGCCCUCGAGCACGGCGCCGACGUGAUCAUCUCCAGCUCCCACGCCGCCAAAGUCACCAAGUCGAUCGCCCGCUUGCAGGACGCAUACCCGGAGCUGACAGGCCGCGCGCAGGCUGUCUCCGGCUACCCCUGCGACCUCGCCGAUUCCGCGGCCCUCGAGGCCAACCUCACGCGGCUCCUGGAGCAGGCGACCGACGGCGGGAAGCGGAAACUCCACCACGUCGCCUUCACCGCCGGCAACGCGCUGCAGCUCCCCGCUCUGCAGGAUCUCGCGGUCGAUGCCGUGCACGCCGCCGGCACUGUCCGGUUUCUCGCCCCGACCAUCCUGGCCAAAAUCCUCCCGCAGUAUAUGGAUCGAUCGCCCGAUAACUCUUUCACGGUGACGGGGGGCGCGGCGGCUCAGCGGCCGUCGGCAGGAUGGUCGGUGAUGGCGGCCUAUGCGGCCGGGACGGAGGGUCUGGUGCGGGGAUUGGCGCUUGAUCUCAAGCCCAUCCGAGUCAAUAUCGUAUCACCUGGGCCCGUACAUACCGAGCUGUUCGAUGGGUUUGGGGAGAUUCGUGAUGCGGUCUUGGAGGCGUUCAAGGAAAAGAGUUUGACGGGGGCAGUUGGUCGUCCCGAAGAUGUGGCCGAGGCAUACAUUUACAUCAUGAAGGAUAGAUACAUUACGGGCUCUUGUGUGGCGUCUAAUGGAGGGAGUGUCUUGGCAUAGUGCUUUCAACAUUAUGCAAGCGUGUUCAGAUUCUCGUCAGUUUAUUCGCAGCAAUAGCAUUUCUGGUGGCCCCAGGGACGACGGGUUACUGAACGAAUUGCGGCAGAGACAUAGUGCUCUUCGAGUGCGACCAAGGGUAUCAUGGCGGCGAUUGGUGCUAUUCGCAGUGAAACGGCCUUGAGUUGCAAAAAGUAUUGUUGGAACGGCUCUUCUAGCUAGAGGCAAGAUGUAGCGCAAAACCUACUAGUAUUACUGCUUCAACAAAUAAUAUAUACGUUAUGGCAUAGCAUUCGUCAUGGACCGGAAGAUCAGUAGUGCCAGAUCGGUGUUAACAAUUGCCGACAUGCCGCGAUACCCUACUCAUAAUUCCGGGAUACAGAUGGUGAAUCAC